CUCCGCUGCCGUCGGGGCUGAGACCGGACAACUCGUGGCAGGAGUGGCGGGGCAACGGUGCCAGCGAGCCGGGGGCACGAAGGAGACGAAGCGGGCUGAACCGAGCAGAAACAAGGCGAACCGAGCGGAGCCGGGCCGAGAGGAGCCGAGCGGAGCCGAAACGAGCCGAUCCCUGCCGGGCCAGCCCGCCGGCGGGGGCGGGCGGUGCCGGUUAUAAAGGCGGCGGGCGCGGGGCGGAGGGAAGCGCGUCCGUUCGCCGCGCUCCGGGACCGGCCGGCGGGGCCUGCCCAGCCCAGCCCCGGCGGGGCGGAACGGAACGAACGGCUCAUCCCGGCUCGGCUCAUCUGGGCACGGUGGGACAUGGGCCGGCCUCCCCCCGCCGCUGCCGCCUGAGGGAUGGAGCGGCGGGCGCUGUGCGCGGGGCUGUACUGGCUGCUGCUGCCGCUCGCCCUGCUCGCCGCCUGCCUGUUCCGCUUCAAUGUGCUGUCCCUGGUGUACCUGCUCUUCCUGCUGCUCCUGCCCUGGUUCCCGGGGCCCAACCAGCGCUCUGACGGAGGUCACACCAUCCGCCUCCUGAAAGCUCUGCUUGGGACCAGCAUCCUCUUCCUCCUCGCCCACUUCGUGUUCCAAAUAUGCCUGUACAUGCUGCCCGUGCUGGACCAGCUGCUGGGGCCCAGCUGCAGCACCUGGGAGGUCCUUGCCCGGCACAUCGGGGUCACCAGGCUGGACUUGAGCGACAUCCCCAACUCGGUGCGUCUGGUGGCACCCGACGUUGGCAUCCUGCUGGUCUCAUCGCUCUGCCUGUGCCUCUGCCAGCACCUGGUCCCCAGGGCCACCCGUGCCCACAGACCCGACUCCCUGGAGCCCCUUGAGCGGAGGGAAGAGGAGGCGUCGGAGCUGUGUGGUGCCGCAGCCGCUGGGGACACACCGCUGAGCGUCAGGCUGCGGGUGACGGCUCACUGGCUGCUCUGGGCGGCCGGCAAGGGCCUGGCCAUCGUGCUGCUGGCCUUGGCCGGGAUCACGCUGCCCUCCGCCUCCUCCAGCGUCUACUACCUGCUGUUCGUGGGGCUGUGCACGUGGUGGGCCUGUCACCUCCCCGCCAGCCGCCCGGCCUUCCACACCCUCUGUGUCCUCGUCGGCGUCUACGCAGCCGCGCACCUCCUCUGCCUCUAUGCCUACCAGGCACCCUUCAUCCAGGGGGUCUUCCCGCCCCCCACCAUCUGGGCACGGGUGUUUGGCUUCAAGGACAUCAUCCUGUACCGCAACUGUUCCCGACCCAACGCCCUGGAGCUCAACACCAGCCACCCCUGGCCUGUCUAUGCCAACCCUGGCAUCCUGCUCCUGCUCUACUACACUGUGGCCACCCUGGUGAAGCUGCGCCGGCUGGAAGCCAGGAGCACGGCAGCACCGGCACAGCCAGCAGCCAGGUGCCCGCAGAGGGAGCUGGUGGAGCUGGAGAGCUGGCCCAAGGACACGGAUGGCGUGGCUGAGGACAUCAAGCCCAUGCUGUCCCCCAGCACCACCAAGCCAGGCACUGAGAACUGCACCAUCCACGUCAUGGGCCGCUCACCACAGCCAGGUAAGCCCAUGCCCACCACCUCCCCCUUCCCCAGACCUGCUGGUAGCCCUGGGGGUGGCUCACAGUGCCCUUCCCCAUGGCCAGGCAGGAGGCAUCAGGCAGAGUGGCUGCCCCUGCACGCCCUGGGCCACGUCAUCAUGAAACAGAGCUACAUCUGCGCCCUCAUCGCCAUGAUGGUGUGGAGCAUCACCUACCACAGCUGGCUGACCUUUGUGCUGCUGCUCUGGGCCUGCCUCAUCUGGACCGUGCGGAGCCGGCACCACCUGGCCAUGCUGUGCUCGCCCUUCCUGCUGCUCUACGGCGUGGCUCUCUGCAGCCUGCAGUACGUCUGGGCCAUGGACCUGGCCCCCGAGCUGCCCACCCGCGUGGGCUUCAUGAGCCUGGAGCAGCUGGGGCUGGUGCACCCCAAAUAUCCCUGCCUGGACCUGGGGGCCAAGCUCCUGCUCACCCUCACCUUCUGGCUGCUGCUGCGGCAGUUCGUUAAGGAGAAGCUGCUAACGAGGAGGUGCCCGGCCACCCCUCUGCUGGAGGUGACCGUGUCAGACUCAGAGCCCAGCCAGCCCCGGGACGUGCUGAAGGCUCUGGGGGCCCUGGUGAGGGAUUUCUACGUCAAGUACUGGAUCUGUGUGUGCGCCGGCAUGUUCAUCGUGGUGAGCUUCGCCGGCCGCCUCGUCGUCUACAAGAUCGUCUACAUGUUCCUGUUCCUCCUGUGCCUCACCCUCUUCCAGGUUUACUACAGCCUGUGGCGCAAGGUGCUGAAGGGCUUCUGGUGGCUGGUGGUUGCUUACACCAUGCUGGUGCUCAUCGCCGUCUACACCUUCCAGUUCGAGGACUUCCCCAUGUACUGGAGGAACCUGACUGGCCUCACUGACGAGCAGCUGGGUGACCUGGGUCUGGAGCAGUUCAGCGUCUCCGAGCUCUUCUCCAGCACCCUCAUCCCGGGUUUCUUCCUCCUGGCCUGCAUCCUCCAGCUCCAUUACUUCCACCGCCCCUUCAUGCACAUCACCGACCUGGAGCACAUCCCUGCUGACCCUCCAGCAUCCUGCCCCAAACCCAGGCCCGAGGAGCUGCAUGGCAGCCGACUGCUGCGGGACGCAGCCGCGGCCGAGAGCGCCGGCGGCUCCGACACCGCCUCGCACGUGCCCACCAAGUGGGGGCUGGUGCUGGAGCGGCUGAUCGUGCUGGGGAGGAGCUUCUCGGAGGCGCUGACCCGCGGGCAGGUCUUUGUGGGGCGGCUGCUGGAGCUCCACGUGCUCAAGCUGGUGGCUCUCUACACUGUCUGGGUGGCCCUGCAGGAGGUCUCGCUGAUGAACUUCUUGCUGGUGCUGCUGUGGGCCCUGGCGCUGCCCUACUGCCGCUUCCGCCACAUGGCCUCCUGCCUCUCCACCGUCUGGACCUGCAUCAUCAUCGUCUGCAAGAUGCUCUACCAGCUCAAGAUCGUCGACCCCAGCCAGUACUCCAGCAACUGCACCCAGCCCCACUUCAACAGCACCAACCUGAGCCCGGCAGAGAUGGGCAACUCCACGCUGUACCGCGGCCCCGUGGAUCCCGCCAACUGGUUCGGCAUCCGCAAGGGAUACCCCAACCUGGGCUACAUCCAGAACCACCUGCUGGUGCUGCUGCUGCUGGUGUUCGAGGCGGUGGUGUACCGGCGCCAGCAGUACUACCGCAGGCAGCACCAGCUCACCGCCCCCAUCACCGAGACCAUCUUCGAGGGCAUCUCCCACCAGCACCUCGACCACGGCCUCACCAGCUGUGCCAAGUACUUCCUCAACUACUUCUACUACAAAUUUGGCUUGGAGAUCUGCUUCCUGAUGACGGUGAACGUGAUCGGGCAGCGCAUGAACCUGCUGGUGAUCCUGCACGGCUGCUGGCUCGUGGUCAUCCUGACGCGCCGGCGCCGAGCCGCCAUCGCCCGCCUCUGGCCCAAGUACUGCCUCUUCCUCGUCCUCUUCCUCCUCUACCAGUACCUGCUCUGCGUGGGCAUGCCGCCCGCCCUCUGCGUGGACUACCCGUGGCGCUGGAGCCGGACCCUCCCCAUCAACUCCGCGCUCAUCAAGUGGCUCUACCUGCCCGACUUCUUUGUGGUCCCCAAAUCCACCAACCUCAUCAAUGACUUCGUGCUGCUGCUGUGCGCGGCGCAGCAAUGGCGCGUGUUCGAGGCCGAGCGCACCCAGGAGUGGCUGCGGGCUGGGGGGGACAACAGCGACCGCCUGGACCUGGCCCACGACCCCCACAACCCCACACACAACUUCAUCCACUGCCGCUCCUACCUGGACAUGGCGAAGGUGGUGGUGUUCCGUUACCUCUUCUGGCUCGUCCUGGUCGUGGUGUUCAUCACGGGGGCCACCCGCAUCAGCCUCUUUGGCCUGGGCUACCUGCUGGCCUGCUUCUACCUGCUGCUCUUCGGCACUGCCAUGCUGCGCAAGCCGGCGCGCACCCGCCUCGUGCUCUGGGACUGCCUCAUCCUCUACAACAUCACCGUCAUCAUCUCCAAGAACAUGCUGUCGCUCCUGUCCUGCGUCUUCGUGCAGCAGAUGCAGAGCAACUUCUGCUGGGUGAUCCAGCUCUUCAGCCUCGUCUGCACCGUCAAGGGCUACUAUGACCCCAAGGAGAUGGGCAAGGACCACGACUGCUCGCUGCCCGUGGAGGAGGCGGGCAUCAUCUGGGACAGCAUCUGCUUCUUCUUCCUCCUCCUCCAGCGCCGAGUCUUCCUCAGCUACUACUACUUGCACGUCAUGCUGGACCUCCAGGCCUCUGCCCUGCAGGCCUCCAGGGGUGUUGCACUGUUCAAGGCCAGUGUCCUGAAGAGCAUGAGGUCCCACCGAGAAGCUGAGAAGAAGUCUCUGGCCCAGCUGAAGCGGCAGAUGGAGCGGAUCCGAGCCAAGCAGGAGAAGUACCACCAGGAGCGGCUGCCCAGCGGCACUGGCGAGGGGCAGGAGGAGGACAGGCCAGCACCCGGUGGCCCGGCGGAUCCUUCCCGGCGCAGGGAGCGGUGGUGGCGGCCCUGGUCAGACCACGCCGCAGUGCUGCACUCAGGGGAGUAUUUCCUGUUCGAGUCGGACAGCGAGGAGGAGGAGGAGGUGGCGGCCGCCGUGCCGGAGGAGCCGCAGCCGGACAGGCAGAGUGCUUUCCAGCUUGCAUACCAGGCCUGGGUGACCAACACCAGGACAGCACUGAGGCAGCAGGAGCAGCCGGAGCCGCACGAUGCCGAGGCCACUGCAGGGGAGGGUUUGCCCCCUGCAGAGGGCAGCGGAGGCAGGGAGGAGGAGUUGGAAGCGCCUGAGGAGGCCGAAGAGGAGGAGGAAGGUUCGGAGAGGGGCACGGUGGUGCAGCGGGCGCUGAACACGCUGCGGUUCCUGUGGGUGCUGUGCCGGGCCAUGGUGGACGGGCUGACGCAGUGGCUGGACGCCUGCACCCGCGAGCACGCCGACAUGUCCAGCGUCCUGCGCCUCGAGAGACACGUCCUCACCUGCCGCCUGGCCACGGGAGAGGCCGUGCCCCACGGGGUCCUGGAUGAGCUGUACCUGCCGGAGCAGGAGCCCCCGCCCGAGGAGCCGGGAGCGCGGGGGGCUGCGGACCCCCAGAACGGCGUCGCUUCCAGCGGGCAGCGAGGAGCCCCCUCGGGAUGCCCCCUGCCCGCCGGCAGCCAGGAGCAGGUCACAGCCUGGCAGUCCCAGGAGGACGUGGCCGGCUCUCAGGAGCUCUUGGCCGUGCCCCUGAAGCGGAGCAGGACGGCCAGCGAGCUGCUCCUGAGCAGGAGGCUGUGCUUCCCCGAGCUGGAGGAGUCGGAGCGGUUCUAUCAGUCGCACAACUGGUUCCUGAAGCUGCUGCUGAGCGGGUACCGCUGCGUGGCCGCCCACUCCGAGCUGCUCUGCUACUUCAUCAUCAUCCUCAACAAUAUGGUGACUGCCUCCGUCAUCACCCUCUUCCUGCCCAUCCUUGUCUUCCUCUGGGCCAUGCUCUCCAUCCCCCGGCCCAGCAAGCGCUUCUGGAUGACGGCCAUCAUCUUCACCGAGGUGAUGGUGGUGGUGAAGUACCUGUUCCAGUUCGGGUUCUUCCCCUGGAAUGGCUAUGCCAUGCUGGUGCGCAACGAGGGCAAGCCCUUCUUCCCACCCCGCAUCCUGGGUCUGGAGAAGACCGACCGCUACAUCAAAUACGACCUCAUGCAGCUCCUGGCGCUCUUCUUCCACCGCUCCCAGCUGCUGUCUUAUGGGCUGUGGGACCACGAGGAGGACCCCUUCCCUGAGAAGAAGGCGGAGGUGGAGAAGGUGGAGGAUGAUGAAGAGGAGGAGAGGCAGGAGGCAGCAGCAUCCCUGCCGGUGGCAGUGGCUGAGGAAGGAACAGAGGUGCUGGCAGAGCUGGGGGCACCGGGAGCAGCCACAGAUGGUGAUGGCCUGGGGCAGGAAGAGGGGGCUGGGGCCACCCAGCUCCGCUUCAGGAGGAAGAGGAGGCAGGGGAGGAAGCAGCCAGAGGCGGCUCCGGAGGAAGGGGACGGGGAGGAAGAAGAGGAGGAAGAGGAAGAAGAGGAAGAGGUAAAACAGAGCCACGCUCAGAGGAAGCUGAAGGCGUUUGGGCUGCGGGUGAAGCUCUUCUUCCUCACCACGGCACAGAGCAUGUACCAGCCAGUGCGGGAGUUCUUCCGGGACAUCCUGCACACGCAGCACCGGGCGGCCACCGAUGUCUACGCCUUCAUGUUCUUGGCUGACGUGGUCGACUUCAUCAUCAUCAUCUUUGGGUUUUGGGCCUUUGGGAAACACUCUGCAGCCGCUGACAUCACCUCCUCGCUGUCGGAUGACCAAGUGCCCGAGGCCUUCCUGGUGAUGCUGCUCAUCCAGUUCACCACCAUGGUCAUCGACCGCGCGCUCUACCUCCGCAAAACCGUGCUGGGCAAACUCAUCUUCCAGGUCAUCCUGGUCUUCAGCAUCCACCUCUGGAUGUUCUUCAUCCUGCCAGCCGUCACUGAAAGGUUGUUCAGCCUCAACACGGUGGCCCAGCUGUGGUACUUUGUCAAGUGCAUCUACUUCGCGUUGUCAGCCUACCAGAUCCGCUGUGGCUACCCCACCCGCAUCCUGGGCAACUUCCUCACCAAGAAAUACAACCACCUCAACCUCUUCCUCUUCCAGGGGUUUCGCCUCGUGCCCUUCCUGGUGGAGCUGCGGGCCGUCAUGGACUGGGUGUGGACAGACACCACACUGUCCCUCUCCAACUGGAUGUGCGUGGAGGACAUCUACGCCAACAUCUUCAUCAUCAAGUGCAGCCGUGAGACGGAGAAGAAAUACCCCCAGCCCAAGGGGCAGAAGAAGAAGAAGAUUGUCAAGUAUGGCAUGGGAGGGCUCAUCAUCCUCUUCCUCGUGGCCAUCAUCUGGUUCCCGCUGCUCUUCAUGUCGCUGGUGCGCUCCGUGGUGGGCGUCGUGAACCACCCCAUCGACGUCACCGUCACCCUCAAGCUGGGGGGGUACGAGCCUCUGUUCACCAUGAGUGCCCAGCAGCAAUCCAUCCAGCCCUUCACCCCCCGGGACUACGAGGAGCUCACGAGCAAGUUUGAGAGGCAGCCGGUGGCCAUGCAGUUCAUCACACUGUACGGCUACGAGGACAUCGUGACGGCGCGCAUCGAGGGCAGCUCGGGCUCGCUCUGGAGCAUCAGCCCGCCGAGCCGGGAGCAGAUGCGGCGGGAGCUGCAGAACGGCUCCUCCGACAUCACCCUGCGCCUCACCUGGACCUUCCAGAGGGACCUGGGCAAGGGGGGCACGGUGGAGCACACCUUCGACAAGCACACCACGGACCUGCAGCCCGGGGCGCCCCAGCGCCUGGAGCUGGCCCAGCUGCUGCAGGGGACCCGUGACACCCCGGUGCGAGUGCCCAAACUCUUCCCCAAGUACAUCCGGGCACCCAACGGCCCCGAAGCCAACCCCGUCAAGCAGCUGCUGCCAGACGGGGAGGACAGCUACCUGGACGUGGAGGUGCAGCUGAAGCGGGAGCGGGCGGGCGCCGGCCGGGGCGGCGACAGCUUCGUGGAGUGGUGGGUGGUGCGUGUGAAAGAGGAGCCCCCCCGCCACGACAACAUCCUCCCCAUGGUCAUCUUCAACGACAAAGUCAGCCCCCCCAGCCUGGGCUUCCUGGCUGGCUACGGGAUCAUGGGGCUGUACGUGUCCAUCGUGCUGGUGAUCGGGAAGUUCGUGCGGGGCUUCUUCAGCGAGAUCUCCCACUCCAUCAUGUUCGAGGAGCUGCCGUGCGUGGAUCGCAUCCUCAAGCUGUGCCAGGACAUCUUCCUGGUGCGGGAGACGGGCGAGCUGGAGCUGGAGGAGGAGCUCUACGCCAAGCUCAUCUUCCUCUACCGCUCCCCCGAGACCAUGAUCAAGUGGACACGGGAGAAGGAGUAAAAACUGAAAGGGGAAAGGGGUGGGGUGGGGGGCAGCUCUGGACCGUCCCCCCCAUCCCCCUCCCAGGGACAUCACCGCUAAUGCCUUAACCCAGCGCUGGGGCCGUAUCCUGCCCGGGGGGGGCGGUGGGACGGGGGGUGCUCAGCGCUCGCUUGUAGGGAGGAUGUUUGUUCCUGUUGUUUUGAAGCUGCCUGACCCGCACAGACCACGUUGUGCCUUCCCUGAGGUGGAGGGGGAGCAGGACCGGCCUCCUCCCACGCCCUGGGACCCCCUGGCUGCUGCGUAGGCAGGGGGGGUCAGGAGCUGGCCUGGGCCCCCUCCCCAUUCCCCCCACCCCUGCAUCCAGAACCAGGUUCAACUCAAAAGCAAUAGCCCCCCCCUCAGCCCCAGGAUGGGGGGGCCCUGGGCAGCAGCCCCCCCGGGCGGGGAGUGGGGCUGGCAGCCCCAGCUGGACUCUACAGACACUCGUGACGUUGGUUUUGUUGUUUUGGGGUUGUUUUUUAUUAAUUCAAAUGGUUUAUUUAUACAGAUAUCUAAUAAAACAAAGCUGAGGCC